GCACCGCAGUUGUACAUUUGGGGAGAGAAAGUUCUUUCGAAUCAGAGUGCGUGUGGGAAGAAGUGCGGGGCUUGUGGUAGAGUGGAGGCACCUCAAAUCACUUUCUACUACUGCAUGCAGAAGGCACCAAGUGCACCAGUCAACAGUCUCGAAACCCCACUCUCUCUCACUCGCCGUCGUUUUCUCUCUCUACACAGGAGAGAUGGGAAAGAAAAAACUUUGAAAAAAAUUGGCGGACUAAUUUUAGGAAAAGAGGCAUUAGGUUCUAUACGUUUUGCCUUUCUUGGAAACGCCGUCGUUCCGAAUCCGUACCCCCAUUUCGGAUUUCUGGGUGCUUGAGGUCUCUAUACUAAUUGUAGUUGAAAGCAUUAGGAUGAUACUUAAUUUAAAGUUUUCUUCCUAAGUAUUCUGUGGCGUUCUUUCUCCACCUCACAUGAUGGGAUCAGAUGAAAAGGGAUAUGCUACGAUCAUGACAGCCGAUUACUAGAGCGGCAAGCCAUCCCCUUCCAGACCAGUCCUUGUUGAGCUUGUAGCAGAUUGUAGACCACAUUUGAUCUUAUUAGUCCAAGGGGUGACAAAUGGAGGGUUCCUUAUUUACCCCAGCUUUUGAGGCAAAGAUAGAAAGAAUAAGAUUUAGCUUGGCAACUCAUCAAGAAAUUUGUAAAGCAUCAAUCAGUGACUGUCCUAUCAGUCAUGCUAGUCAACUUUGCAAUCCAUUUCUUGGGUUGCCCCUUGAUGUCGGCAAAUGCGAGUCCUGUGGUGCUGGUGAGCCUGGGCAAUGUGAAGGUCACUUUGGAUACAUUGAAUUACCCACUCCAAUUUACCACCCUGACCAUGUUGCGGAGCUUAAAAGAAUGCUUAAUCUGUUGUGCUUGAAGUGUUUAAAGCUUAAAAACAGAAGGCUUCCAGCAAAGAGUGGUGGAAUCAUUGAACGGGUGCUAUCUGCAUGCUGUGAGGAGACUACACUAAUAUCCAUCAAUGAAGUGAAGACCACUGAUGGGGCCUGUUAUUUGGAAUUAAAAGUGCCAGGAAGAUCAAAACCUGAAGAUGAUCGCUGGAACUUUUUGGAAAAAUAUGGGUUUCGGUAUGGAGGUCAUUCACGUUCUAGACCAUUGCUUCCUUCGGAGGUGAUGGAAAUGUUAAGAAAACUUCCUCAAGACACCAAGAAAAAGCUAUCUGCAAAAGGUUACUUCCCUCAGGAUGGAUAUCUCAUCAAAUACUUACCUGUUCCUCCAAACUGUUUGUCAGUGCCUGAUAUUUCUGAUGGAAUCAGUACAAUGUCUACAGACCAUUCUAUAUCACUGCUUAAAAAGGUGUUGAGACAGGUAGAGAUUAUAAAAAAUUCAAGAUCUGGGAAGCCAAAUUUUGCAUCACAAGAAAUUGAAGCCAAUGAUUUACAAGCAGCUGCCGUACAGUAUCUUCAAUUUAGGGGUACUGGCAAGGCUACCCGCGAUGUGGAUAAUCGUUUCGGCGUGAAUAAAGAAGUAAAUGCAUCAUCUACGAAAGCCUGGCUUGAGAAAAUGAAGACACUAUUCAUCAGGAAGGGGUCUGGCUUUUCUUCCCGGAGUGUGAUCACAGGUGAUCCAUUUAAGGAAGUGUCGGCAAUCGGACUUCCAUUUGAAAUAGCCCAGAAAAUCACAUAUGAAGAGCGAGUAAAUGAUCACAACCGUGAGUUUUUACAGAAGUUGGUGGAUGAAAAACUUUGUUUGACUUAUAAGGAUGGGAUGUCAACCUAUUCAUUGAGAGAAGGUUCUAAAGGGCAUACAUUUUUGAAGCCUGGUCAGGUAGUGCAUCGGAGAAUAAUGGAUGGUGACAUUGUAUUCAUAAAUAGACCGCCAACUACACACAAGCAUUCCCUGCAAGCCUUGUCCGUGUAUGUUCAUGAUGAUCAUACGGUCAAAAUCAAUCCCCUCAUUUGUGGUCCACUUAGUGCAGAUUUCGAUGGAGAUUGUAUUCAUUUGUUCUAUCCACAGUCACUUGAAGCUAAAGCUGAGGCAAUGGAGCUUUUCGCGGUGGAGAAACAGCUGCUUAGCUCUCACACUGGAAAUUUCAACUUACAGCUGGGAACUGACUCUCUUUUGUCACUUAAACUUCUUUUCAGUAAGUGUCUUUUGAGAAGAGCAGCAGCAGAACAGUUGGCCAUGUUUGUGCCCAAUGUGCUGUCUAAACCUGCAGUACUGAAGUCAGACGUUGGUCCCCUUUGGACUGCAUCACAGAUUUUGGAGAUAUGCCUACCCCCAUGCUUUGAUUCUUCUGGAGAGAGGCAUUCUAUUUCAAGAAGUGAGGUAUUAAGGGUGGACUAUAGCAGGGAUUCGAUGGCAUCAAUUGUCAAUGACUUAGUGACCUCUCUGUUCUUUUUGAAGGGACCAAAAGAGGUAUUAAGAUUUUUUAAUUCCAUACAGCCUCUAUUGAUGGAAAGUCUUUAUUCACAAGGAUUUAGUGUCAGCUUAAGAGACUUUUUCAUACCUUGGGAUGUGGACAGUACUCUUGAAAUUAGGCAGAAAAUUUGUACUAAUUUCAUACAGAAGUCUUCAGCAAUUGGCUAUCUAAUUGAUUCAAAAAGUGAAUCUGCCCUGAACAAGGUGAUCCAGCAAAUUGGUUACUUGGGGCUGCAGAUAUCAGAUAAAGGAAAGUUCUACACUGAAGCACUGGUGAAGGACAUGUCCUCGAUGUUCGUUAAGAAAUAUCCAUGUGAUAAUUAUCCAAUUGAAGGCUUUGGCUUGAUUGAUAGACCUCUUUUUCGUGGAUUAGAUCCAUAUCAAGAGAUGGUGCACUCUAUCUCAAGCAGAGAAGUAAUUGUUCGGUCAAGCCGAGGACUGACAGAACCUGGGACGUUGUUCAAAAAUCUGAUGGCCAUUCUUAGAGAUGUUGUAAUGUGUCAGGAUGGGACUGUACGAAAUAUGUGCAGCAAUUCAAUUAUCCAAUUUGAAUAUGGUAUCAACAGUUCGAAUGUUGCAAGUGAAUUUUGUGCUGGUGAUCCUGUUGGAGUCUUAGCUGCAACUGCCAUGUCCAAUCCUGCUUAUAAGGCUGUACUAGAUUCUUCCCCUAGCAGCAACAACUCAUGGGAGAUGAUGAAGGAGAUACUGCUUUCUGGAGUCAACUUCAAGAAUGCUGUUUCUGAUCGCAGACUAAUUUUGUAUCUUAAUAGUUGUAAUUGUGGGCAGAAGGAUUGCCAAGACAAUGCUGCAGUCUUAGUUCAGAAUCAGUUGAAGAAAAUCACCCUGAAGGAUGUAACCCAUGAGUUCCUGAUAGAGUACAGGUCGCCUGAUAGUUUUGACGCCAAUCCUGGUCUUGUUGGUCAUAUUCAUCUAAAUAAGAGACAACUUCAACAAUUAAAUAUUAGCAUGGAUGUCAUUCUGGGAAAAUGUGAAGAGAAACUCAGUCUUCAUCAAAAGAAGAAGAAAAAAGAUGGGAUCUUUAAGGGAAUAUUUUUAUCGUCCAGCGACUGUUCUUUUUGUCUAUCCUCGAAAAGUGAAGGGCCCGAUACUCCAUGCAUCCAGUUUUUUUGGCAAGGGGCAAUUGAUGAUCUUUCAAAGAGGGCUUCCCAGCUAGUUGAUACAGUUUCUCCAGUGAUAUUCCAGACAGUCAUUAAAGGUGAUCCUAGAGUUUCUAGUGCAAAUAAAGUUUGGGUAAGUCCCCAGACGGAGAACUGGAUCAGGAGCCCAUACACGAGCUCAAAAGGUGAGUGGGUACUGGAUGUUAUCCUUGAGAAAGAAGCUGUGAAGAAGAGUGGGGAUGCAUGGAGAAUAGUGAUGGAUUCCUGCAUUCCAGUCAUCCACUUGAUAGAUACUCAACGUUCGGUCCCAUAUGGUAUAAAAGAAAUACAAGAACUGCUGGGUAUCUCUUGCACAUUUGAGCAGGCUGUUCAGCGUUUGACAACUUCGGUGACAAUGGUAACAAAAGGUGUUCUAAAGGACCACCUCCUGCUAUUGGGUAAUAACAUGACUUGCACGGGAACAUUGAUUGGAUUUAAUGCUGGUGGCAUCAAGCACUUGUCAAAAUCUCUUGAUGUUCAAGUGCCGUUCAUGAGUGCAACUCUGUCUACCCCUAGAAAGUGCUUUGAGAGAGCUGCUGAAAAAUGCCAUGUUGACAAUUUAUCGAGUAUUGUGGCGUCUUGUGCCUGGGGAAAGCAUGUUUCCGUAGGUACUGGAUCUCCAUUUGAGAUUCUUUGGGACACCAAAAAGGCGGAGUUGAACUCUGAGAAGGAAAUUGAUGUCUAUGAUUUCCUUCGAGAUAUGAGCUGUGGAUUAAACCUGGAAGGAGACACUGGUUGCUUGGGUGCAGAAAUUGAAGAUUUGGACCAAGCAGAUGAAUUUAUGGAAUUUGGCUUGUCGCCAGAGAGAGAACCUGGCCAAGAUAAACCAACUUUUGAAGAUGGACCUGAAAUUGGGGUCAUUGAUGGAUGGGAUACUAAUGGUUUAUCCAAAGAGGAUGCUGGUUGGUCUUCUUGGGGUAAAAAGGAUGAUUCCCAAGUCGAUGAUUGGAUAAAUAAGCAGGAGCAAAGCGCUUGGGAUAAAAAAGCCAAUUUCGAAGAAAGUGAUUGGGGGAAAAAGGCUGAGGGAAGUGAUUGGGGGAAAAAGAGUGAAGAGAAUACUUGGGAUAAGAAAGUAAAUUCUGAGGAAGGUGACUGGGGGAAAAAGGCUGAAGAUAAUACUUGGGGUAAGAAAGUCAACUCUGAGGAAAGUGAUUGGGGUAAGAAAGUCAAUUCUGAGGGAAGUGAUUGGGGAAAAAAGGCUGAAGAGAGUACUUGGGGCAAGAAAGUCAAUUCCGAGGGAAGUGAUUGGGGUAAGAAAGUCAAUUCCGAGGGAAGUGAUUGGGGUAAGAAAGUCAAUUCUGAGGGAAGUGAUUGGGGGAAAAAGGCUGAAGAGAGUACUUGGGGUAAGAAAGUUAAUUCUGAGGGAAGUGAUUGGGGGAAAAAGGAUGAAGAGAGUACUUGGGGGAAGAAAGUCAAUUCUGAGGAAAGUGAACGGGGGAAAAAGGGUGAAGAGAGUAGUUGGGGUAAGAAAGUCGGUUCUGAGAAAAGUGAUUGGGGGAAAAAGGGUGAAGAGAGUAGCUGGGGUAAGAAAGUCACUUCCGAGGAAAAUGAUUGGACGAAAACGGGUGGAGAGAGUAGUUGGGGUAAGAAAGGCAGUUCUGAGAAAAAUAAUUGGGGUGAUGAGGAUACUUGGGGCAAGAAAGGCAAUUCAAUUUCGAAGGAAAGUAGUAGUUGGGGUGAAAAGAGCAAGUCAAAGGAAAAUGAAUGGGGGGUUAAAAAUGCUGUUUCUGAGGAAACAAAAAGCAGUGAUGAAAACACUUGGGAUAAAAAGAAAAAAUGGGAGGGAAAUGCUUCCAAGGAAGAUGCCUGGGGGAAAAAGGUUAGUUCUGAGGGAGGGGGAGGAGGACCCGAAUGGGGUAAAAUGGCUGAGUCUGAUCAUGGGGAUGAUAGUGGAUGGGGUAAGAAUGCUACUUCUCAGGAAAACAACAGUUGGAUGAAAAAGGCCGACUCUGCUGCUGAUGCUGCUUGGGGUAACAAGUCUGCGUCAAGCACUUGGGGGCCUAAAAACGAUAGUGAUUGGGGAAAGAAACCUGAGCAGCAGAGCACUCGAAAAGAUGCGUCUGCUGCAAAAACUCAAGAUGGUGAUCCAUGGUCAGCUACUGGAACUCAGAACAGUCUGGAUGCUUCAGACAAUCCUUGGGACUCCAAACUGACGACUCAAGCAACACCUUCUAAUACUUGGGGGGGCUCGUCUAAUGACUGGAGUAAAUUUGAUUCGCAGUCUUCCCCUGGGAAAAAUAAUAAAGAGUUUUCAUCUGAUGGUUGGGGUUCUAGUCAGAAACAAUCUGAUGAUAAUCAAGGUGAUAAUGAUUCACGUCCUCAGUGGGGUCGUGGUAGGGGUAGGGGUCGAGGUCGAGGAUGGGGGCGUGGUGGUGGUGGACGCUCUAGAGAUGGUUCUCAAGGGAGGGGUGAUGGAGAAAGGAAACCUUGGAGACCCCGUCCUACAGAUGAUCCCAGUGCCGCAGGACUUUUCUCAGCAACAAAGAAGCGCCUGGAUUCAUUCACAGCGGAGGAACAAGAUGUUCUUUCUGAAACUGAAUCCAUAAUGAAAACAAUAAGAAGAAUAAUGAAUCAGUCGGGUGAUGGCGAUCCCUUGUCAGCUGAUGAUCAGAAUUACAUAAUUGAGAAUGUGUUGAACUAUCACUCGGACAAGGCUGUGAAGAUCGGAGCAGGAAUCAAGCACAUUAUGGUUACUAAGCACGAGCUCUUCCAAGAUAGUAGGUGCUUCUACGUUGUCACCGUGGAUGACACCAAGAACGAUUUCUCCUACCGUAAAUGCCUGGAAAAUCUAAUCCGUGAAAAAUUCCCCGACAAGGCCGAAACAUUCAUCUCCAAAUAUUUCCGAAGGCCACAACCUCGCCAGGGCUGGACUCGCGACCCAUCCCAAAAUGAUGCUGCAAAACCCGGGUGGCAAAGCGACUCCGCCCCUACUCCCAAUGAUGGCGCAAAAUCCGGGUGGCAAAGCGACUCCGCCCCUACUCCCAAUGAUGGCGCAAAAUCCGGGUGGCAAAGCGAUUCCGCCCCUACUCCCACUCCCACUCCCGGUGAUUCUGCAAAACCCGGGUGGCAAAGCGACUGGGCCCCUACACCCAAUGAUGCUGGUACCCCAAGCUGUCCCGGCCCGGACGACGCCGGAACUCCCGGGUGGAAUUAGCCCCAAGAUGAAGUGCAGUGUGCAGCUCUCAGGUAAUUUUCCAUGUAAGUCAAGUGAUGUCAUUUGUCUUGAAUGAAUUAAUAUAAUAUUAGUUAGGUUGGAUCUUCUGGACUGGAUUGGAUUCACGCAAUGGGAUCAAGAAUUUGGUUACAUUUGUAGUAGUAGUAGUAGUAGUAAUGAAAUAUGCAGUAAGUAAUACUUGGGGGAAGGUUUCUCUUUAA